CUUACGUCUGCCAACAACACGCCUCCUAAACACCUACCGACAGCUUCUCCAGCACCUACACAUCUUUCAUCAUUCGACCUAUUGCACCCUACAUUCUUUGAAUUCCAUCAACCGCCACCAUGCCGCCUCCAAAGCUGCACGUUGGCUCUCUCCUCCUGCCCUGUGUAGUUCUCCUGAUCUUCUGGGUCGGCCCAACCCAUGCCUUUGGUGCGGGAAACAUUGCCUCUCUAGCGAAGAUUGAGGGGCAGAAUUGGCGUCAUGGGGAUAUCGAGGACACCCUUCUCAACAUUCUGAUGUCCACUCGCACCGGCAAGAAAUUCAGCAAGAUGGACGUCAAGCGAGUGUAUUUUGGCAAUUGGCUCCGGGACUACUCUCAAGCUGUCGACGUCGGAACUGUCAAGAUGGUCUCUGCGGAAGCUAUCCGGAUCUUACUCUGGGUCCUCGGCUUCCUGAGCUUCGGAUACGGCACCAAGGAGUUCGAGGUUACCAGGGAUAGACUUGGCUGUUACAGGCCCGAGGAGCAUAUCGAUAACCCCAAAGACUAUGCCGACAACCUCGAUGCCCGACAAUAUGACCGUCGGCUCCGAGGUCCCGUCGAUGAGAGGCGUGAGCUGAGUGUUGAUGAGCGCACUGGUUUGAAGAACUACAUCGCCUCAGAAGACCUUGGCAUCACCACCUCCGCUGGCAUGGUUCGCGACCUGUUCCGCCGAUGCAUCGAUCUCGGCCGUCGCUCUAAUAGGAGUGGGAACAAAGCCGAUUUCUACGAAGCUCUUCGACUUCUUGGGACCGCCUGCCAUUGCCUGGAAGACUACUCGGCUCACUCCAACUACACCGAACUUGCCUUGAUUGAAAUGGGCGAACGCGACAUUUUCCCUCAUGUUGGUCGCAAUGCUCAAUUCCGCGUCCAAGGCGCUCGUGGUCCGGUCUAUCCUAUCGUAACUGGCACCUUUGGUGGUGUAGACUUCUUACACUCUGUCAUGGGCGAAUUCUCUGACAAAGCCACCCAAUCCGAGAUUCAGGAGCUCGAAGGGGCUAUCUCAGAUUCUCAGAAUAAACAGAACCCUAGCAUGAUCAAAGAUCUUCUAAAUCAGCUUCCGGAAGGCAUCUUCGGCGGCAAGGACCAAGCUGGAAAAGCCGACGAGCUCGAGCAGAAUGCUAACGCUGCUCAAAUGGGGAACAUGCAGAUUACCCCAAAGGAGCCCGAGGCUUUUACUCAGCAGAUGGAUGAACUUGUCAAGCAAAUAUACCCCAUCAUGGAGUUUCAUGACGAAAUCAUGCAGCAAAUUUCUGAGUUCAUCGAAAAUAUUCCAGUACUUCCGGAGCUCAUCGAGCAGGUCCAGGAGCAGGUGAACGUCUUCGUGUUCAGCCUCUUGGCACCGUAUGUCCUGCCCAUCAUCAACCAAGUCAAAGCCGAGCUCGAAACGGGUUCCUCGGAGGUUAUUGCCAGCUCUCGAGACAAACAGCACAUUGUUUUCAACGACCAAAACUCGACUGACCCUACUCAUUCCAUGCUCUCUAAGGAUCAUUUUAGCAACGUGCUCAAUGAGCCGGCCGGGCGAAUUGCUUCGGAGGUCUUAAAAUGGGUCGUCCCCCAGAUUGUAGAAUGCUGGGACGACGAGCGAGUUGACGCUGACCGUAACAUUCAGCGCAUCAUUACUGGCGUCUUCCACCACCCCGCUCUCCGUAAAUAUGGUGAUGAUGGCGCUUCGGACGGUCGCAACAUCAUGUUCCGUACUGUUGAGAACUGGUGGCGUGACCUUUCUCAGCGUGCCAAGGAUGAUCUACGUGACAAGCUUAGUCGUGAUGGUGUCCAAAACGGACGUAAUCACAAAGAAGGUGUCCAUGACAAGGGCCACGGAUGUGGAAAACCACUCGGUAUGGCUAAUGACUUCUCCGGGGUUGGCGGUAAAGGUGGUGCCGGAAAUCUCCUUGGAGCUGCCUUGGGUGGUUCGUCUGGUGGUAAGAGCAACGAUCCAUACCAGAAGAUGGGCAAUGAAGCCGGCAAGCUCGCCAGUGAGGCCGUUGGUGGCGGUGCCAUAGGCGGCAUCGUUGGUGGUCUCGUUGGCGGCAUUGGCGGAGGUCUACUUGGUGACGCAUUCGGCGGCGAAGAGAAAGAGGGUAAGAAGAGCGAGCAGUAUGGCGAUGAUGGCUCUUACUCGCAAUCUUACUCCGAAUCCGGCCACCACAAAAAGAAGUCGUACGAUGAUUCUGAACGCUAUGGCCAGGCAGAGUAUAAGCAGACUCAAUACCCUGGUGGUGGACGCCGUGAGGAGUACUCGCGCCAGGAACAAGAUGAGCGUGGUGGCUCUUAUGGUUAUCAACAAAAGGUUGAGACAACUAGCUAUGGCGGGUCCGGUGGAUAUGAACGUCGUGAGGAACGAAACUAUGACAGUGGUGCCCAAUACCGUUCUAAAGAGACGCGAGAAGGCUUCGAUAGCCAUGGCGAGUACUACAAGGAGGAGAAGAAGUAGGUUCCCCGCUCAACUUUCCCAAUGGCCAGACCCGCAUAUUAAUACCUCCCCAGGAAAUCCGGCAAGAAAGACAAAUACAGCAAAGACUCGGAGGAAGAAGAAGAGUCUGGUGAAGACUCGUAUGAAAAACGCCAAAAGAAAGAGCGCAAGAAGCGUGAGAAGGAAGAGAAGAAGAAAUACAAGAAGCAUGGCGAUGACCGAGAUGACUCUGGUGACGAUGAUGCGUACAAUCGCCGUGACUCAGGCGAAUACAAGAGAAAAUCGCAAAGCCCGAAACGGCGUACGGCAGACUACUCGCGCGAGAGUGGAGAAGGGUAUGGUGGCGGAGGGGGAAGGACGAGUGAUGCGUAUGGUCAG